GCUAGAUGCUCACUUGGUGCUGUCUUAGAUCCAGCUCCUGCUGUUAAUCAGAUCAAUACAUUAAAGGCUGGAAUAAGGAGGGAUAAGGGUAAAACUGUUGUUGGUUUUUCAGUAAAGGAGGCAUUUCAACAGGUUGUACAAGACAAUCGAGGUAGUUCUUUAGUUCAAAAUCAGAAGGUGCCAAUUCUGAAGGAGACUACAGGGUCUAAAUUGGCUGCACAGGUUUUAUAUGGAAAGGGUCAGAUUGUAAUAAAUCCAGGGCAGAAGGUUUCAGCAGGAGGAAGUGUGGUUGUUUUACAGAAUCAAGCUAGCCCUGCUGGUUUGGCAAGUUUACUGGAAAUGGAUGAUAAUUCUAUUUCCAGGACUGAAGCUUAUAAUGCAGCUGUUGGUUCUGGGAUUUUUUAUAUGGCUGGGGUGAAUCUGAAGGAUGAAGUUGAAAGAAAUGAUAUUUCUAAGUCGUUUGAGGAUGAGGAUGAUUCUGAUUAUGGAGAGGCAGUGGAUUCACAGAGGUCUUCAUCUUUUCCACUGGCUUCUAAUGUGAAAGACCCUCUUUGGAAAACCUCUACAAUGUACAAACCACCUGGAGUUAGCCGAAUGGUUACUAGAAGUAAGGCUCAGAUAGAAUAUGUUAUAAUCAUGAGAUUGAUAAGGAGCUUCGUGGAAUUUGCAAUUUGGAUAAGAGUGGCCUUCCAUAUAUUCGGUUUUCUUCAAAACCAUGUUAGAAUGAAGAUUGGAGACUUGAACCUGUGGCUAUAA